AGAUGUAGUGCUCCGGCCGUCGUGGUCUGACCUGGGCGAGUCGAGAUGCCGACCGCUCGGGAGAUCAUGAUGAGCCGGGCCAAGGCCCCAGCGAAGAUCCACUCCAUGGAGCGGCCCGGCGGCCCUGCCGGGAGCCCCGGAGUGGAGCUGCUGGGCGCCCCCGCCGGCCUACAGGCCGGCGGCAGCCGCCCCGGCAGCGGCCCCGCCUCCGUGCAGAGGCCGCCGAAGGCCCCGGCGCCGCGGCCGUCCGUCGGCUCCGGCAGGGCCAGCGCCAGCCCCGCCGGCAGCGCGAGCGCGCGCCGGCCAAGCGAGGGGCGGAGGCCUGGGGCCGAGCCGCCAGGCGGGGCCCGCCGCGCUCCUAGCGAGCCGCCGCGCCGCGGCGGCGCUCCGGACCGUGCCACGCCCACGCCGCCGAGGGCGAAGGCGCGCGCGGCCUCCGUGCCCCGGCGGGUGCAGGUGGGGGACGCCCCGCCCCCCGUGGCGCGCAAGGACGUCGGCAAGGUGCCCGAGUACCUGAAGAGGCGAAACGAGGAGAUGGCGGAGGACAAGCGGAGGGCCGAGAGGCCCGUGUCGCCCCAGCCGCCCCCCGGCUUCCGGAAGGUCCAGGACGACGAGAAGCAGGCGACGCUCGCCACGCUGAGGCAGCGCAAGGCCGAGGUCGAGAGGGCGCAGCAGAACCUGCCCUUCAAGAUCGAGACCCUGGGGCAGAAGCAGCGCGAGAAGGAC